AAGAAGAGAAUAACUAAGGCAAAAAGGGAGGCGGGGCACAGUCCACGGAAGGUGGUAGGGCAAACGGUUGGAAUGAAAACUGGUGUGGUCUUUAACUGAAAUUUGCAUAAAACGGAACCCUCCAGGUGACUACAACUUCACCCAUUUAUUGGUAGCCCCUGUGCGGCACCUCUCCUCGCCUCCGAGCAGAGCAUGCCGGGAGAUGUAGUUCCGAGUUCGGUUGCUAUGGCGGUCUCGACAGCUCUGAGAGUCCGGGAGUGACGAGCGGCCUGGCCAAUGGGAGUAGGGCCUGGGCCGGCGGAGGCGGGCUCUCUGCAGAAGGACUCGAAGGUGGCAGCGGCGAAGGGGCAGGCCGUUAGAGCCUCUCGGAAGCAGGUUUUCGCUCUGUUUGCUUCUCCCUCCACAUUGAAAGGAGGCAAAAGUCGGCAAGCUCCCUUCCACGGAAUCUCCCAGGUGACUAUGAAAGGCUUAUAUUUUCAACAGAGUUCUACAAAUGAAAAAAUAACAUUUGUAUUUCAAGAACGGGAAAAUCUUCCUGUCGCAGAGGAUAACUAUGUGAAACUUCAGGUUAAAGCUUGUGCUCUGAGCCACAUAAAUACAAAGCUUCUGGCAGAAAUGAAGAUGGAGAAGGAUUUCUUUCCCGUUGGGAGAGAAAUUGCUGGAAUCGUGUUAGAUGUUGGAAGUAAGGUAUCAUUUUUUCAACCUGAUGAUGAAGUAGUCGGGAUCCUACCCCUGGAUUCUGAAGACCCUGGACUCUGUGAGGUCGUGCGGGUGCAUGAGCACUACUUGGUUCACAAGCCAGAAAAAGUGUCGUGGACAGAAGCCGCUGGGACCAUUCGGGACGGGGUGCGAGCCUACACCGCUCUGCAUUACCUUUCGCGGCUCUCCCCCGGGAAGUGGGUGCUGAUCAUGGACGGAGCCAGCGCGCUUGGGACAAUAGCUGUUCAGUUAGCGCACCACAGAGGAGCCAAAGUGAUUUCCACAGCGUGCAGCCCGGAAGACAGGCAGUACCUGGAAGGACUCAGGCCUGCUCUCGCCCGAGUGAUCGACGUGUCCGGUGGGAAAGCCCAUGUUGCUGAAAGCUGUUUAGAAGAAACAGGUGGCCUGGGAGUCGAUGUUGUCCUGGACGCUGGAGUGAGAUUAUAUAGUAAAGAUGAUGAACCGGCUGCAGAAUUACAACUACUACCACAUAAGCAUGAUAUCCUCACACUUCUGGGUGUCGGAGGCCAUUGGGUGACGACAGAAGAAAACCUGCAGCUGGAUCCUCCAGAUAGCCACUGCCUCUUCCUCAAGGGAGCAACGGUGGCUUUCCUUAACGACGAAGUUUGGAAUUUGUCAAAUGUACAACAAGGAAAAUAUCUUUGUGUCUUAAAAGAUGUGAUGGAGAAGUUAGCAACUGGUGUUUUUAGGCCUCGUCUGGACGAACCCAUCCCGCCGUACGAGGCCAAAGUCUCCAUGGAAGGUGUUCAGAAAAAGCAAGGAAGAAAAAAGCAAGUUGUUCAGUUUUAACUUUAUCUCCCAGAUCUCAGUUGAAUGAACCCAUUCUAGUAUUUGAAGCCAGAGUUUCCUUGGAAAUUGUUCAGAAAAAUCAAGGAAGAUAAAAGCAAGUUGUUCCCUUUUUAAGCAUGCUUUCCUGCUAUCUGAGACGAGAUGGUUAUUUCAAAUACCUGAAACGUAUUUGAAAAGUUAAUGUACAAACAGCCAAGACAAGUCUGUAAUUAACACCUGAAGGGAAUAUUCUGGAA